AUAGCAUAGAUACUGAUACUAAGGACUUCAUCAUUAUUCCUCAUCUAACACCCUUCACUUAUGCUAUUAUUAUUAAUAAAACUGCCAAGGAAUUCCUUACCAAUACUAUCAUUAAAACUAUCAAUGAAAAAUUUGCUAGUGAUGACGCAUUCAAAGGAAUCAAUAUUAGACAUGUCAAUCUUACUUGA